CUACAGCUAACGACCCCACCCUAACCCACGACCACACCCUAACCCACAACACCUACCAUGGCCAACUUCCAACACGGUCUCUUCGGCUGCUUCGACAACAUCGGCCUGUGCCUGAUCACCUACUUCGUGCCCUGCUACACCUUCGGCAAGAACGCCGAGGCCGUGGGCGACUCCUGCCUUCUCUGUGGCCUCAUCUACUUCGUCCCCAUCGUCGACAUCGUCGCUCUCGUCUCGGUGCGCGGGAAGAUUCGAGAGUCUCGGAACAUCGAGGGCAACAUUUUGACAGACUUGUUGUCCAUCCUGUGCUGUCAUUUGUGUGCUCUGGUGCAGGAGGCUCAAGAAGUUCAAGCACCAGGUGGACAGGCGAUGGCCCGUACUUAGGUUACUUUUAAAAUAAUACAUCAUUUAUUUAUCUAGGGGACACAACUGUGUUAAAUAUCUAAAGGGAAACUACUGUGGAAAAAAUACAAAAUUAACAUUUAGAAAAAUUAAUUGUAAAAUGUAUUCAAAAUCUCAACAUAAAAAAAUAUUUUACUUUAACGUCUAGCAUUUUUAAAACAAAGUAUAUGGUAAAAAAAGUAUUUUUAUGACAUUUAACGUUUAUUUUAAAAAAUAGUAUUAUUUAUUUGAAAUUGCAGCAUAUCAUAUGGACAUUUGUAGCUUCUUUUUUUAAAAAAGCAACUAUUUAUGUGAAGUGUAUCAACGUGUUACAAAUAUAUGUAUCAAUUUUCAUCCU